ACACUACUAUGGCGAAGGCUUAUGAAUAUUAAUUACGUUAUAUGACGUUCGCCCAGUAGACAACGCUGAUUUGCUCGUAGUCGCUACACUCCGGCGAAUGAACUCACGUGAUUGGACGCUCGAGGACAGUUACCACGCAACUCGUUUAAUAUUCAUGAGACGUGCCUUUGGAGUAGUAGGAUUCGUAAUCUACGAGUGCGGAAGGAUAUACGUGCACGUGGUGAAUCUGUAAACAGUUUUAGUGUCAUGCAUUUAUUCAGUUUACGGUUUAAGAAAUAAAAGGAGGAGAGUUUAAUAAUAUUAUGGACGAAGUAAAUCGAGCAGAUCCUCCGAACUGGAUCCAGCAGCACGCCGUCUAUCAAGACCUGAUGCAUUUAGAUGUCGGUGACAGUGCUCAAGUAUAUGCUGCCUUCCUGGUGUACAUGGAUCUGACGGAAGUGCGUAAAUGGAAAGAGGUGGUUGGAGUUUCCUGCCCAGAGUUACAGGCGGUUCUUCUGGAGGCUCGAGAGAAGGAAGGAGAAGCAGCUCAGAUGAUCUUCCCUCUGCCUUCACACAGAUCCAUCAAACACAGAGAGUUGCGGUGUAUAUUGGACAGAGGUGCCCCGAUGCUCUUGUGUGCAGUGGCUUCGGACUCCACUCUGGUGUAUCAGAGACUGUGUGAUGGUUUUCUGACCCCUGACCCUCCUGUGGACAUUCGAGACCAAGGCCGCCGACAGCAUCGCAAACGGAGGUUACAGACAUGAGAGAAACACCCAGAUGAUACAGACAGACUGUGAUUCCUAACUCUCCAGAUGUGAGGAUUGGGUAGUACUUACAGUUCGAAUACAUUUCUGAACUCAUUUUAUUUUUGUGGAUGAGAGAGAUUGGGUGAACCAAGGAAUAGUUCUUCCAAAUCUUGUCAUUUAUUCACCCCUUGUUCCAAACCUAAAAGGGUUACUCCAUCCCAAAAUGAAAUCUUUUGUCAUUAAUCACUUACCCCCAUGUCAUUUCAAACCCGUAAAAGCUUUGUUUG